ACGAUGGAAUUCAGGGUAAAUUCUGGAGAAGAAAUGGGAGAAAUGGGACACCAUUCAGAAAUGGCUUCCAAAGAGGUGCCCUUGUUCGAGCAGCAGCAUUGGUUACCUCAUCAUCACUAUCUAUUAGCAACACCUUAUGCAAGCAAAAGAAAAUCAGAAAAGAAGCAGAGGCCACCGUACAGUUGGGAAUGAAGUUGGGUUUGGCAAUGAAUGAGAAUGAAGCUGAAGCUGUGGAGUGAAUAAUUCAGAUGGAAAACGAAGACAUUGAUAGAGUGAAGGCAAAAAGGGUGGUGCCAGGUACUUAAUUCUAGCACUUGAUAAUGGGGCUUUGGUGAGUACUUGUGUCUUUAUGAAGAUUCUAUCCUGGAAUGUGAGAGGGCUUGGUAGGGCAGAUAGAAGAUUAAGGGUUAAGGAAUUGCUGAAGUUGAAAAAUGUUGACAUGGUUCUGCUACAAGAAACAAAACGGUCAAGCAUUGAUGUAAGUGUUGUCAGAUCUUUGUGGCCUGUUGAUUUGAUAGAGUAUAUGGCUGUGGAUGUGGAUGGAAGUGCUAGUGGGUUGCUAUGCAUCUGGAAUCCUGAGAUUUUCUCAUUGAAGAAGUGUUGUUGUUCCAGAAGUUUCAUCAUUUUGGCAGGCUUGAAUCUCAUCGGGGGUUUAGCUAAAGACACUACAUUAGAUCAGUUCACGAAGUACUUUGGGAAGUACAGGGAGAUUACAGAUUCGGUUAUAAUGAAAGAUCGGCACACUGGUCGACCCAGGGGUUUUGGGUUUGUCACUUAUGCUGAUCCUUCUGUUGUUGACACUGUUUUUUCUGAAACCCAUGUCAUCAAUGACAAACAGGUUGAGAUCAAAAGAACAAUUCUGAAAGGUUCUGCUGAAUCUAUGGAUUUUAAAACAAAGAAGAUUUUUGUUGGUGGGAUACCUACCUCUGUCACUGAAGAUGAGUUCAAGAAUUUCUUCUCAAAGUAUGGAAAGGUAGUGGAACACGAGAUCAUAAGAGACCAUGUCACUAAACGCUCUCGGGGCUUUGGAUUUGUUGUAUUUGACAACGAACAAGUUGUUGAUACUAUUCUGGCCAAUGGAAAUAUGAUUGAUAUGGAAGGCUCACAGAUGAGGGAGCAGAAAUGGGCUGCUCUUUUGAAAGAAAAAAGGGCCUCUAGUGGAUUGACAAGCCCUCCCCGUGUCAUUGUGAGUAUCCUGUAUAUGAUAUUUUUUAAAAUGUUUGUAUUGUUUGGACUCAGAUGAAAUAUUCAAUUAAUUUUGGUCAAUAGUGUGACAGUUUUUCAACACCACGUCAACUAAACUAUCGAUUAAUUAAAUAAAUAGGCUUGAAUCUCAUCUUAUUGGACUAAGGAUGCAUACCAUGAGUCCGUCU